AUUGCGCUGACGUCCAUUCUGUUGGGGAGUAUUAUGGUCUGUCGGGAAUUCAGAGUGGCUGGGACCAGAGAAAAAUAUAUCUGCUGUGCUAACUGUUAGCUGUUCACCGAGCUAACGGUAGGUAGCACUGGAGUAAACAUGGAGCUGUCUGCCGUCGGGGAGAGGGUGUUCGCGGCAGAGUCGAUCAUCAAACGGAGGAUAAGGAAGGGUCGGAUUGAAUACCUUGUGAAAUGGAAGGGCUGGUCUCCCAAAUACAGCACUUGGGAACCAGAGGACAAUAUUUUGGACUCCCGCCUGUUUGCCGCUUUUGAGCAGAGGGAGCGUGAAAGAGAGCUGUAUGGGCCCAAAAAGAGAGGACCAAAACCCAAGACAUUUCUACUCAAGGCUCAGGCUAAAACCAAUUCCUAUGAGUUCAGAGGCGACGUAGUCCGAGGGAUGCACAUCACCUAUCCGACCCCAGAGCCGGUUGUGACCCCCAGGGCCAGAGAGGGUCUUAGAGCCGUUGUUCCCACCAUCUUCCCACCCAGCACUGUCAACCGCGGAGAAAGCGUACGGGUCCGACCCCCAGAACUGAGCACCCGUGAGUACCAGCAGCCUUCCCUUCAGCAAACUGGUCCAGACGGGCUCAUCCACAUACCCAAAAAAAGAGGCCCAAAGCCUAAGCCCCUCUUCAAGGAUGGCAGCUGCAGCCCCGCGGUCUUUGAACACCACAAGAGGAGAGCAGAGGAGCAGGUGAGCUACAGCCCUCACAAACUGGCUAAGCUCCAGGGGGGUGAAGAGAUGAGUGUGAUCAAAGUGGCCCACAGACAUCCAGAGAUCCAUGGUCAUAAACACCACCACCACCAUCAUCACCACACGCACAACCGGGGACUCUCCGGGGCAAGCUCCUACAAGCAGCUCUACUCAGACCGCAGCCUGAUUCCACACAGGACAGACAUGGACACACACAGGACUAAGGACAGCUCCACCUACCUGGCACCUGUACACGUCAAGCACCAGUCCAAAAUGAACCAGAGCCUGAGUCGCCCCGUGGAGCUUCCACAGAUGGAAAAGCCUUACUUCUUGGACAGGCCAUCUCCGACCAGGCUCGACGUCGACUUGGACGAAGUGACGUGGAGGCCCUCCGUCGGCAACGUGGAAAAGGUCUUGGUGACGGACGUGACCACCAACUUCCUGACCGUCACCAUCAAGGAGAGCAGCACUUCUAAAGGCUUCUUCAAAGACAAAAGAUGAUUGCUUGACUCAUUUCCUCUUGCCAGGCUUUGCUUGCAUCUGAGUCAUUCUGAAGCUUAUAGGACAUAGUGUGAUUAUUAAGCAAAGCGUUUUUUGUAUUUAGUGUAUGAAAGCAGAUGACGUAAUGUGCAUAUGUGUAUAUAUUAAUAAGUUGGACAUGUUCUGUUUAAUGUAUUGACCAAAUCAAAUUUGGUCCAUUUCACAUCUUGCAUUGGUUGAAACAUGAACAAGCUGCAUGUUUCUUUUGCAGCAGUCAGCUACUUUCUGUACAGAGCGUGUGAAUUUUACUAUUUUACAAUUUUAACUAACUAGAAUGUAUUUUUUUCACUCUUAUAUCUUCCAGUCUGAACUCAUUUAUGAGAAGUGAGGCGACGUUUAGAUUAAUAAAUUCAAUCCGUGGAUUGAUUAUUUCUCUACAAUUUGAACCGAUUAGACUGAAUAUAACACGUUCAAUUAAAUGGGAUCGAUAUUUAAUAAUGUACUCAAGCACUUUGAAUUCAAAAGUAUUAAAAAAUCAUCUGUUUGUGUUGCAUUCAAAGACCGAGUCUGUAAUGUCUCUAACAUUUGUAAUUGUAAGAUGAAGUAAUCAAUUUAACACGGACACGCUACGAGUUUUCCCACGGUGUGUAUAACAACAUGUUUCCAUUAACUAUAUUUUACAUUUUCAUAGAAAACGUUCAUAAAGCUUUAAUGUAAGACGAUAAUCACAGAGUUGGUGUCAAUUUGCUUUUUAGACGCUUUCCAAUAAAUCCUUUGAAUUUUCUCAAUUCCAGUGUCUUUUUAUGAGAGCUUUUAUUUCAGCGCCGUCGGACUCGACAUUGUUUUACUGUUCUUUAAAGGCAAUGGAAAUAAUGGGUUUUAACAAAACAUGUUAAGCAAUAGGCCUUUAGGUCCACCGUCUAUCGUGAGGGUUACUUUCUUAUUCUUUACAUAAAUUUGAAUGGGCUCAAUUUCUGUUCUAGCUAUAAGACAUUGGGAGAUCAAUGAAAAAAUGUUAUUUUAAAUUCUUACAAGCUAAAUAAAGCGUCUCUAGUGCGAUGACUACAGCACAAGUUAAAGGCCUUUUAUAAAUACAAGCCUGCUGCAGCGGGCCUACGUUCAUUUCGGAGUAUAGUUAGUUUAGCAGAGCAUUUGGGUAUUCUCUCUUUUACACCAG